AGCCACACACAGUUCCACACAAGUCGUCGGUCCCAAGUGGUGCGCCCAACAAGUUUUCAGUUCAAGUGCUAUAAACUCCCCUCGCGCCUACGUAACGCGUUUAAAAAACAAAAAAAAAACAACAACAGACAACACACAACACACAAUGAAGAGAUUUUUAGUUGUAUUUGUGGCAUUAUUCGGAGCCGCUGUGGCCCAACAGAGCUUCAAAUGCCCAGACGACUUUGGCUUCUAUCCACAUGAGACAUCCUGCGAUAAAUACUGGAAAUGCGACAAUGGCGUUUCCGAGCUCAAGACUUGCGGCAAUGGUUUGGCCUUUGAUGCUACAGACUCCAAAUAUUUGACGGAGAACUGCGACUAUCUGCAUAACGUUGAGUGCGGUGAACGCUCAGAGUUGGAGCCACCAAUUGCUACGCCUCAUUGCUCUCGCCUUUAUGGCAUUUUCCCCGAUGAGAACAAAUGCGAUGUUUUCUGGAACUGCUGGAACGGUGAACCCUCUAGAUAUCAGUGCUCUCCCGGCUUGGCUUACGAUCGUGAUGCGCGUGUUUGCAUGUGGGCUGAUCAAGUGCCAGAGUGCAAGAAUGAAGAAGUUGCCAAUGGCUUUGCCUGCCCCGCUGCUGGUGAAUUGGCCAACACUGGCUCAUUCUCGCGUCAUGCACAUCCCGAGGAUUGCCGUAAAUAUUACAUUUGCUUGGAGGGCGUUGCUCGCGAGUAUGGCUGCCCCAUUGGCACUGUAUUCAAAAUUGGUGAUAGCGAUGGCACUGGCAACUGCGAGGAUCCCGAGGAUGUUCCCGGCUGCGAGGAUUACUAUGGCGAUGUAGACCUUAAGGCCUUGAAAAAACUUGGCUUUUAAUGAUGAAGUCACACACACACACACACACACAGACACACACAUAUGACAACAGUUGACUACAAAGACUGAGGAAAUACAGUGGAAUUAAAUAUAACAAAACAGUCGAACCUAACAACAGCUAAAGUGCAUGGAAUCUGGAAAAAAACAAAAGUUAUAAUUUUUAAGUAUUGAGUAAGCGCUCCAUGCAUUUUUGUUGCGCUGGCAACAAAGUCAAAUUUAACUUAUUAACCAAACGAAAUGCCAAGAAGAAAAAUAAUAACAACAACAACAAGAACAAACA